GGCCGGCGCAUGCGUGCUGAGGGGAGAUCCGGGUACUUGGCAGGAUGAGAGCGGCUUUCCAAGAUGGCGGCGGAGGGAGGAGGGAAGGAAAUGAACGAAAUUAAGAGCCAGUUCACCACCCGGGAAGGCCUGUACAAGCUCCUCUCUCACUCCGAGUACAGCCGCCCCAACCGCGUCCCCUUCAACUCGCAGGGCUCCAACCCGGUGCGGGUCUCCUUCGUCAACGUCAACGACCAGUCCGGUAACGGCGAGCGCAUCUGCUUCAACGUGGGCCGCGAGCUCUACUUCUAUAUCUACAAGGGCGUGAGGAAGGUGAGAGAGGGGCACUGACACCUGACAGGGGGGGGAGGGGAA